AUGGACUCCUCCGCUACCUCGACGACCACCGCCGCCGCCGCCGCCGGUCCCGCGGUCGACGCCAACAAGCGGAAACGCAGUCCGUCGACCGGGUCGUUGCCAGCGCCCGCCCCCAAGGCCGCCAAAACGAGCAACCAGCUGAGCAUCAACUACCUGGCGCGCCAGUCGCAUGAAGAUUUGCCGCUCAUCAACAAGGAGGACAACCUGCCCAACUUGCUGCACCUGCUAUCCGCAUACAGCAACAUACUCGACCGCCACGAGUCAUUGGCCUCCAACCUAGGCGCGCGACCGCUUGGUCCCAUCUUGAUUAAGCGCUUCGAACGGUGCUUCGAUGCGCCGCCCAAGAUCGUUGCUUCGCACCACAAGAACGCCUCAGGCAAUUCCGAGGAUGCGUCGCACCAAAUCACAUGGCUCGAGGUCAUUGAAUUCGCCCGCUCCCACCCGAGUCAAUUCACCCUGAGCACAUUCUCCGAGGGCAAGAGGGUCUGCCAAUUCUACUAUCCGCAAAAGCAGCUGCGUGUGCAGAUCAGCGAGGAGGACUUUCUGUUCAUCAAUAGUGGACGAUGUCAGGAGCUCAUACCGCCGCUACCGAUCUGGGAGGACGAAGAGAAGGAAGUUGGAACAUGCGAUGUGCUGGAGGCAAAGCUCAAGGAGCUCACAAAUGCCGCAGAUAUGGUUGCGGCUCGGACGAGGCAGCUCAGUCACCGGCUCAAAGGACGGAGGGCUGCCAUCUUGGAGAGGAGAGCAGAAGGCGGCAGUGGUACACCGGCGAAGGCUAGUGCUGUUCAGACUACGACCGCACCGCCGUCCUCGUCAGGCGCCGGGUUCGUCGCUGUGAACACUGGCCGGGAGAACAUCGAGCCCAGCCUGGGAUCGUCAACUGCUGUUCGCAACGAGCUCCUACGCCAUUUCGAGAGCCUUCCACACAAUCAAGGGACAGGUAGAGCACAAGCUCGCAACCAGUCUGUCGCUGGACAAGCAGAUGCAGGACAGCCGCGAACGAUCGAUACGUCAAAUACCCAGAACGAGGGCGUCGCCUCCAAUGCGUCCUCACUAUCGCCUAUCCCGCCCAAUGCCUUCGCCAACGAGAACCUUCCUUAUUCCAUGGCCGAUUCUACAGCAACCUCGCGUGCCUACGGACACCGUCCAUCAUCUAGCGCGGGCGUCAACCCGUACAGUUCAAGUCAAGCACCUCUGAAGCACAACUUCAGCAGGCCUCUGCCGCCUGCACUAGAGAGCAGUCAGCCUUUCAGACCGCUUUGUCAAGCUCAUAUGGACAGCUUACCCCGUGGUCACCGCGUACUCCCGCCUUGUGACCGCUGUCGUCGUCUCCGAAUGGACUGUGUCAAGAACCUGACGUCUUGCGCUGGAUGUACUCGGAAACACGCUCGCUGUCAUUGGAGGGAUGUAUCGCGUGAUGAGCUUGGCGCACUGGACCAUCUCAUGGACUCUGCUUAUCCGGGCUCGGCAGCAUCAGGCAACUCUCCCAUUCAUGGCCAAAUUGGCAAUGGGUACAUGAACGGUGAUAGCGAGCGCGAUCAGAACUAUGACAGCGAAGAUGAUGACAGCAAUCCACUUGAAGAUUUGGAGGCUUUAGGGGAGAAGGAGGAGCAGGAGCAUCAGAUCAGGGAGGAUGAGGAGGGAUUGCGAAACGCACGAGAGCUUGCAAGACAGGACUCGGGCUUCAGAGAUGUUGAGAAUGGCGUCAACGGUACUGGAGAUCAUCAGGUCGCUGCGAAUGGGUCAUACGAGCAAAGCCGUGACGAGGCCGGCAGCCCUAAAGAUUCGCCUGGUGCAACCAAGCGACCGAGUUAUGACCCUGUCCAUGAUAACGAAGAUCACGAUGACGCCCAACAGACGGCCUUGUCGACUGAGCCAAGCAACCAGCUAGGUUCUUUGACAGCAGCAAGCUCUGACAUCGAAGCGGCUGCCCGCGGCGGUGGAUUUCGAGCGGUGAACAACGACGAGGAGGGAACUGGUUGGCGGGCCAUUUGA